AUGAUUACAAAUAUUUCACUAAGAAAAACGCUGCUGUCGCUGCUACUCGCAGGCAUAAUCGCUACCGUGGCAGCAACCUCUAGUUGCCCAUGGGCACAACACGUGACCGACCUCGAGAGCUCUUGCAUCUGCGACUACAACCUGGCCAGAGAGCUAUCGAUACAAUGCGACAUCGUCGACUACGAACAACUCCUCUCCGCCAUGCGGCGUCACGUUUCCAAAACCGUCAUAGAUCUAUUUUACAUCAACAACAGCACCAUAGAAAUUUUGAAGAACGGUUCAUUCGCGACUGUAAAAAUAAACAACAUGCAGUUAUCCGGCUGCCAAAUUAAAACGAUCGAACCGGAAGCGUUUAAGGGCCAGGAAAACUCGUUGAAAAGUCUGAAUUUGAAGGACAACGAACUGACGGAGAUUCCCAGUGAGACACUGAAAACUCUGAGGAAUCUUACGGUGCUAGAUCUUUCGAUGAAUAAAAUUACAAGAGUGAACGACAACACUUUCGCGGGAUUGAAAUUAGUCACGUUGAAACUUUCGGAUAACGAAGUUACUUUGGCACCUGGAUCGUUUCGAGGACUGGAAAGAUCGUUAAAGAAUCUGAAUUUGAAGGGUACUAGACAGAAAAAGGUACCGGAGGCGCUUAGGGGUCUAAAGACAUUGGCUUUCCUCGACUUGUCGCAAAACAGUAUCAAAGAGUUGCCUGGAUCUGCUGGAAUAAAAGCUUUCGAAGGACUCUCUUCGUUGACUGGCUUGAAUCUCGAAAGGAACUUGAUUCAGAGCAUCGGAUCAGAUGCUUUUUAUGGCAUCAAGAAUACGCUCAGCUCUUUAAGCUUGUUGAAUAAUCUUAUUCCGGAUUUCCCUAAUUACAAUCGAGCGACGACAAUAAUUUUGGAAUAAUUCGUGCUUGAUAUCGGAUUCAAUUUAAUAACGGAAUUGUCGGUGAACGCGUUCCAAAAGAAUCCAUCGAUAACUCUACUGGCAAUUGACGGAAAUCCUUUGUCAACCGUUCCAGAAGAGGCUCUAGGUCGAUUAAACGGAACACUUCGAGGUCUAAGCUUAGGAGGUCGAUUUUUGGUCUGCGAUUGCAAAUUACGUUGGAUCGUUGAUUGGAUAAAAACUAGAGAUUUACAAGUCACGAGCCGGGAACGUAAACCGCAGUUCUGUGGAAGUCCACAGAAAUUACAGGAUAAAAGCUUUUACAAUAUCGAUCCAGAAGAGAUGACCUGUGAGAGAACUCCAGAGAUUAUCGGAAUCGGGACGGUAGAAAGCGUGGAUACGAAAGAGCCUACAGGAUCCGCUGUAGCAGCGGGAAAUUAUAACCCAACUACUCGACCCUCGGUCAAUCUGCCUACUACGGUAACUACAACGACGUCGACUACGGUACUUGCACCUUCCACGACGGAACUUCAAAGAAUCGAAACACCGUCUUCGACUACUCCGAGAACCAUCACCAACAGACCAACCGCUGCACGAACUGGAAACGUGGUGAUAAUGAGAACCACCUUGUCUCCGCCAAAGCAGGUCCAGGACCAGUUACAGCAGCAUCAACCGAGACCACCAUUGGUACUUGGUUCGCCGCUUUACAAGUCCAAAUUGAACGAUAAAGAUAUUAUAGUGAAAGAUGUGCUUAGACAAGAUAACGCGGUAAUUAUAUAUUGGGACACCGAGGCAACCAACAUCUUGGGUUUUAAAGUGAUUUACAGAUUAUUCGGGGAUAGCAGUUUCAAACAAGCACCACCAUUGGAGGCCAGUGAACGAGAAUUUAAAAUUAAGAACGUUCCUUCGCAGGAAUGCAUCGUAGUCUGCGUAGUAUCGUUAGAAGAAACGAAUAUCACUCCUGCAAAUGUGCCUUACAACCAAUGCAAGGAAGUAAGGACGGAGAAUUCUCCCACGUCCAACAUGGAUAAAAUUACCAUAGCUGCGAGUGCAGCCAUAUGCGCGACUAUAGUGGUCGCGGUGAUAAUAUUUAUCGUUGCGAAUAGGCGAAGGGCCAGAAAGCUUCACACUCUCCACAGUAUUGAUCAGACAAAGAUGGGAGGACCCAUUACCGGAUUACCCGUAAAUUGUUGCUCUAACGUUGGUCCGACACCUAGCCCUGGUGGGCCGUUGUCAUCAAUGGCGACUCUCAGUGCUUAUAAUGCUCAGAAAGAAUGGGACCAAGUAUCCGCGUAUAGUAACAGGAGUAUACCGAGGCCGAGGAUAUUUCCCAUAGAUCGGCAAGGUUCGAUAACUAGAGCUUCUUGCAUCGAUGAUGUUAGAUCUCAAACGGGACAUUAUAGUGGAAAAGUAUCGACUCGUUCCAUAGUCGAUGGUCAAUCUCAGCAUAGCUUCUCCAAUACAUCGACGAGAUAUUUUGGAAACAACACUUUAUCCUCUAAUCUUGCUAACACGAGAUCAGAAUUGAGACAAUCUCGACAAUCUUUGGCAGCAGCCUCUGACAGAAUGUCACGAACAAACUUCUCACCCAGUCAUAUGCCGCCUCAUUCUUCGUCAAGGAGACAAAGACCAAGAUCGUGUAAUCGUACAUUGGAGCAAAAUCCACCGAGACCAGGUAGCAGAUACAGCAUAGCCGAUUCCACGCACACUCUUAAUAAUUACGAAGAGAACAAUUGGACUGAUCACGAUAUGGAUAUAUACAUGGCACGCAAUCCAACGACAAGGACUGGUCUCAUGCCUCUCUGA